AUGUCAAACAAAAAGCCAAUCCAACCCCAAAUCUUCAAUGUUGCUACCUCGCACAUAGUUCUCCGGAGCAUGAAAGUUCCCGGCAUGUUCCCUUUGCUCUUGGCAACACUCUUGGCGGCGCCGUUCUCCGGCUUUGGGUACGGUUCCGGCCCCGGACCGGCCCUCGUCUCGGCUCACGGCGGACUAGCUAAUUACACGGUUGAUGAUGUUUGGUAUCCGGGCUACGACCCAAACUCCCCCCUCGGUCCCCUCCAACUCUCCCAACCAGCUGAAAUGGGCAUCCCCCAACGCUCCUACGCCUCCAUAGACCCUCUCUUCUCCCCCACCUCCCCUUACAUAGCCUGUAACUCCCCUGGCCUUUCACCCCCCAAUGACCCCUCCCACUACAUCUCUUUGUUGCUCGGCUCCAACCUAACAGCCAUCUACUACUACUGGCUUCACCCGGUGGGGCCAAUGUCCGUUUGGCUUUCCCCUUGCCCAGACAACGACUGCACAACCGUCAACUUACCCAAAACGAAAUGGUUCAAAAUCUGGGAGGCAGCAUUAUUAGGUGGACCGAACCUAGCAGAAGGAACUUGGUAUCAGAAACGGUUCCAAAAGUGGGAUGGGGAUGGGGAAAAUCGGUGGGAAGUCGUGGUGCCGCGGGGGUUGAAGAGUGGGAGGUAUUUGGUUAGACAUGAGAUUUUGAGCUUGCAUGUUGCGGGGAAGCCGCAGUUUUAUGUUGAGUGUGCGCAUUUGGAUAUCAAAAAUGGAGGUGUGAAUGGGGGAGAAGAUAGAGUACUGCCGCCGGAUGAGUACUGGGUUAAGUUCCCGGGGGGUUAUAGGGAUGAUGGUAAGUCGGAUCUUUCACUUUGA